AUGAGCGCGCAAAUCGAACCUUUGGAUCUGUCGAACAAAAGCGAGAGUAAACUGUUGAGUGUCCUCGACGUAAAGUUCCUCAGCGGCUUAAACGGGCACCUGGCGAGAAUUUACGAGAGGAGUGGCUUCGCUGGCGGUUGCGGCGAAAGGGCAACUUUGGCGCGGCGCAGCGCGUACACCAAAAAUGUACUGCCCUGUCCUGUCUGCUCGAAGACUUUCGACAGGCCUUCGUUGCUCAAACGGCAUAUGAGGACGCACACUGGUGAAAAGCCGCACGUGUGCAGCGUGUGUGGCAAGGGAUUCAGCACGUCCAGUUCGCUCAACACGCACAAAAGGAUUCACACGGGCGAGAAACCACACAAAUGCCCAGAGUGCGGGAAAUGCUUUACGGCCAGUUCAAACCUUUAUUAUCAUCGAAUGACCCACACAAAAAACAAGCCGCACAAAUGCAGCAUGUGUCCCCGUUCGUUCCCCACGCCGGGCGAGCUGCGCAGCCACGUGGCGGCGCGCGCCAAGAGCGGCCGAAAGGGCGGGAAAGAGGGCGCCCAAUAUGGCGGACAUGGCGGGGCAAAUGGCGGACAAGAUGGCGGUCAAGAUGGCCGCCGAAGUGCAGUGCGCUCGCUCAUCGGGAGCGCGUGGCCAUUUAGUGCGAUGACUCCGUUCGCAAGCUACCAAUUAACUACUGGCCACUGGACA